CGAGGCGGGCCGGCGGCGAGACCCGCCCCCCCGGGAGCCCAGCGGAAGUGCGGCGCCCGCCGCGGGGCGGAGGCGGAGGCGGGAGGCCCGGUCGCGAUGAGUGGGCUCGGCCGGCUCUUCGGGAGGGGGAAGAAGGAGGAGCAGCCAACCCCAGAAGAAGCGAUACAGAAACUGAAGGAGACCGAGAAGAUACUGAUCAAAAAGCAGGAGUUCCUGGAGCAGAAGAUCCAACAGGAGCUACAAACAGCCAAGAAGCAUGGAACCAAGAAUAAGAGAGCUGCCCUGCAGGCUUUGCGGAGAAAAAAAAGAUUGGAGCAGCAGCUGGCCCAAACUGACGGGACACUGUCCACCCUGGAGUUCCAGCGUGAGGCCAUUGAGAAUGCCACCACCAAUGCAGAAGUGCUCCGGACCAUGGAGCUCGCCGCUCGAGGCAUGAAGAAAGCCUACCAGGACAUGGACAUCGACAAGGUAGAUGAGCUCAUGGCUGACAUCACAGAACAACAGGAGGUGGCUCAGCAGAUCUCAGAUGCCAUUUCUCGACCCAUGGGCUUUGGAGACGACGUGGACGAGGAUGAGCUGCUGGAAGAGCUGGAGGAGCUGGAACAGGAGGAGCUAGCCCGGGAGCUGUUAAAUGUGGACAGCAAGGAGGAAGAACCCUCAAUCACACUGCCUAGUGUACCUUCCACACGUCUACCUGCAGGUCCAGCUUCCAAAGUGGAUGAAGACGAAGCAGCACUAAAACAGCUGGCUGAAUGGGUAUCCUGAGGAGUCUGGGCCUGUUUUCUACUGCUGCCUUCAUCAGUCUCUUUUCCUUAAGUGCCAAAUGCUGAGCCAGAGGAGCACAGCUGUUUGAGGAGGUCCUGCUGAGGUGGUGGUAUGAUCCUGUCUCAGAAAGGGGCCCACUGCCCCUCCCAUCCCUAGCCGCACGGAAGGUUCUUGCUGCAGAAGGAACCCUGGGCUCCCUUCUCUUUGAUAGCAGACACAGUUGUUCCCAAUAAAAUUGGGUGACGGAU